AUGACGACAAUAACAGCACAUCCACCCGGCCCGCUAAUAGCGAGCGAAUCUCAGGUCAACUUGCUUACUGUCGAAGAGAGCUUGCGAGAUGCAGAACUCGAGGAAGUGCUGGAUGAUCUGUCCAGGUAUGCCCAGCUCCAGCCAUCACAGCGGAUCGGGCUGACCGCUCCGUUAUCCGGAUACAGUCGGUUCAUCUUGAACAUGCCCGAACCGGAGCUCUCGUCCACUGAGCGCAUAUCUUUCCAAAUCGAGCAAGCCCAUUGGUACUAUGAAGACUUUGUUCGACCAUUAAACCCAGCAUUCCCAUCCAUGUCGUUGAAGCGGUUCUCGGCGAUGUUCUUCAACGCAUGUCCGCUGCUGAACGACUUCAGCCAUGAGCAGGCGUUUCAAGAUUUCCAAAAGUACAAGAGUCGCGUGCCGGUGUGCGGAGCUGUGCUCCUAACCCCGAAGAUGGACAAGUGUGUACUCGUCAAGGGAUGGAAGUCUACAUCAGCUUGGUCCUUUCCGAAAGGCAAGAUCAACCAGGACGAGUCGCGCGCUGCAUGUGCCAUCCGAGAAGUCCGGGAAGAAACGGGAUUCGACUUUGCUGCUGCCGGUCUUCUGGAUAAGAAUGCAAAGACGACAAUAGAGAUCAACGAGCAGAGCCUAACCCUGUACUUUGUCGUUGGUGUAUCUGAGAACACCGCGUUCGAGACCCAAACGCGCAAGGAGAUCAGCAAAAUCGAAUGGUUUGCUCUCACAGAUCUCCCAACGUGGACGAAGAAGAAGGUGAAGGAGCAGGGCAAGUUUUAUCUCGUCACACCGUUCGUGUCGUCCCUGCGCGCGUUCGUGAAUGCUAAGAAGUCGGCAAUGAAGGCCAAUGGGGUACAACCGGAACCAGUGCCACAGGGUGAGAGUGACAGGUCAUCAUCAUUGGGACCUGUCACUCCACCAGGAGCAACCGUAGCCGCAAUACCACAGGCUGUCCAACAACCUGCAACAGGUCCUUCACAUAUCAGUCCCAAGCCGAAUGGCGUUUCAGAAUCUGAUGCGGAUCGGAUGUCCCGACUUCUAUCGGCCCUAUCAACUGGUUCUGGUUCAACCGUCACAAAUGCUGCUCCGCCCCCACCGCCGUCCGUGCCCAUGCCGGGCUUAUCCCCCUCAUCCGGUAACGGCGACCGGACGGACAAGCAUAUUGCUCUCUUGGAUAGUCUUCUCGACACUGCGCCUAACAUGCCUGGUAUCACCCAACGGAAGAUAUCAGAAGGCCGACCUCUGCCGCCCAUACCCUCUGGUUCUCGUGUUUUCCCGAGUAACGGGCCAGCUGGCCACCCAUUCCCCGUCAUGGCGCCUUCACCUCCCAAGCAGGUACCUGUUCCUGCGAUGAUGGCAUCACAGCCACCCUCUGCACCGCAGAUGAUGCCUGCCCCGCCGCCUAUGCCACUAUACCCAGUGGACGGGCCUUCUGCGUAUUCUCAUCCAGGCCCGGCAUCUCAGCAACCCCAACCAUCUCAGCCGCCCUCAUUCUUGCACAACCCUCAGGCAACAUACGGCUACUACCCACCAACAGCAUUCGUGUCUGCUAAAGCCGCUCCCUCUCCUCAAGAGGCACACAAGGGGGCCUUGCUCUCCCUACUUUCUGCCAAGCAGCCUUCCCUGCCACCUUCGUACCAGAACCGGAUCGUCAGCGAGCCGGUAUAUCAGAGUGGCGCCGAAUUCAUGUCUGCCUCUGAAGACCCUCGUGCUAAGCUUGGCAUCGCAAAUGGUAUGGGGAUGGGACCUCCCAUACCCCUUCGUAUGCCCUACCCUAGUAUGGACAUUCCCCAUAGUGGGACCCCGCCGAUGCACGGCCCACUGGCCAUGCCCGACCCCGCGUUCAACCUUAAUGGCGCCCCUUAUCCCAUGAACAACCCCAUGGGUCCACCAGUUAUGAACAUGUAUAACAACGGCGCACCUUUCCCUCCUGCACCCGGCUACCCUCCCAACCCAGUGAUGCCCACUGGUCCGCCUCCCCCACAUCAGGAGAUGCCCCUCCCUCAAGGAACGUUCAACCCUCAGCCGCAAAUGCCAGGAGACUACCCAUAUGCCGGCCCUUCGUCCGAUGCUCCCCUAGACGCCUUCUUCCCUAAGGGCAUGCCCCUCCCCCGUCCGAGAGAAGUACAGAACCUCAACCAGAACCGGCAGAACCGGGUCAGCGGAGAACAGAUCCUCUAUCGUCCGCAGGGACAGCCUGUUUUCCCCCAGCUGAUAAGUACCAGGGCCCCAAUGCCCUCGGUCUCAGCACCCAUGCCUGCUCUAGACAUGCCCAAGCCUCGGCAGCCUGAGAACCUGCUUGCGAUCCUCAACUCUGGGCCGAGGCCGCACUUCUAG